AUCCCCAGAAGCAUACACACACACACACAAACACAGCGAGAGAGAAGAAAUGGAGGCUGCUAAAAAUGUUGGUAAGAGUGUAUCGGCGAUGGAGGCAUUCGAGAAGCUGGAGAAAGUUGGGGAGGGUACCUAUGGAAAGGUGUACAGAGCGAGAGAUAGGGUUACUGGCAAGAUUGUUGCGCUGAAGAAGACGAGGCUUCAUGAGGACGAAGAAGGUGUUCCUCCAACUACUCUCCGUGAGAUCUCACUCCUCAGAAUGCUCUCAAGGGAUCCCCACAUUGUUAGGCUGAUGGAUGUUAAACAAGGGCAGAACAAAGAAGGAAAGACUGUUCUUUACUUGGUCUUUGAGUACAUGGAUACUGAUGUCAAGAAAUUUAUUCGUACUUUCCGUGCAAAAGGAGAAACUAUGCCCCUUAAAAUUGUCAAGAGCUUGAUGUACCAGCUCUGCAAAGGGGUUGCUUUCUGCCAUGGUCAUGGUGUGUUGCACAGGGAUCUGAAACCACACAAUCUUCUGAUGGACCGUAAGACGAAUGUGCUCAAAUUAGCAGAUUUUGGACUUGGCAGAGCUUAUACUCUACCCAUUAAGAAGUACACGCAUGAGAUAUUAACCCUGUGGUAUAGAGCCCCUGAGGUUCUUCUUGGAGCUACUCAUUACUCCACAGCAGUUGACAUGUGGUCUGUUGGUUGUAUAUUUGCUGAACUAGUGACAAACCAGGCCCUCUUCCCAGGAGACUCUGAGCUGCAACAACUGCUUCACAUUUUCAGAUUGCUAGGUACUCCUAACGAAGAACUCUGGCCUGGGGUGAGCAAGUUAGUUAACUGGCAUGAAUACCCCCAAUGGAAACCACAGCCACUCUCAACUGUUGUCCCUGGUCUUGAUGAAGAUGGGAUUCACCUUCUCAGUGAGAUGUUGCAUUAUGAGCCGUCUAGGAGGAUUUCAGCUAAGAAAGCUAUGGAACAUCCCUAUUUUCAUGAUCUCGACAAAACUCCUCUCUGAAAGUCAGCACAGGACCCAUGUGUUGAAGUUCCAACUUGAUCAACAAAACUCGUCUAACCUUGUCGCAAGCUUUUAUUGCUUUUCUCAAGCAUCUUUUAUUAGUAGUAUCAAUUAGUAUGAUGAUGCGUUUCAUCUUUAAACAUAGUCUUUUAAUAUCAACUGGACCAAUGUAAGCACAACUAUGUGCAAUGAUACAUUUUGCCAUCACAUUACUUGGGUUGUUUAGCUG